GUGAAAUCUUUCAAGUAUAAACUGGAUCCUCACGUAACGAUAUACACUAAGAAAUAGCAUACGUCAACUGAUUUACUGCUCUUAAUAUUUAGGAAUGUAUUGGUUAGUGUAUAUGAUUAUUUUUGUUUUAAUCUUUCACGUCUUGUGUGUUACUAUGACAUUUCACGGUUGCAUUUAAUAUGUUGGAAAUCUCCAUCAGGAAAGCUAUUAAUAGAUUGACAAACAAGCUUGCGAACAAUGUGAACUUCACUCGUUUAGAAUGCGAAGCUUUGUUAGAUAUGUUCGUUAAAUUUGACAGCAAAAAGCCUUUCGGAAAGUUAGAUCGGAUGAAGUUCAGGGAAAUACUGCAUCAUACAUUUAAGAUGACAGAUGACGUCAUGAUUGAUAGAAUUUUCCGUGUUUUUGACGGGGAUUUCGAUGGUGGUGUCAAUGCUCAAGAAUGGGUGAUGGGAUUAUCAAUAUUCCUACGAGGUACUUUAGAAGAAAAAAUAAAAUUUGCGUUUGAUGUUUAUGAUCUCAACAGUGAUGGAAGAAUAACCAGAGAGGAAAUGUUUCAGCUAUUAAAGUAUUCUCUUGUCAAAAUUGUAUCAAUUACUUCUGCAUUUAUAAGCAUGGUCACUUGAUUUUAUCGCACUGAGCACUGUUGCUCACAAAGAUAAUACACAAAACCCGGAUGAAAUAUUUUAUAACCCCUUGCUUGUCAUAAAUUCGGCCCCGAAUUUUCAUACUUUUGCUCUAUCUUAUGUGUGAUUGACCCCGGAAAUUUUCUGCGCCAUUUUAGGAAGCUUGUAUGGUGCCUGUAUUUCCAGACUACCGAAUCAACCGAGCAUCUUUCAGAAUUAAUUUGUAUGUUAAAAUCAAACCUCUGGGCGUAAACAUGAAAAUCUUGACUGUAUAUUAUUUUAUAAACUUAUCUGAACACUAGCUUGUCUCUUUCACCCGUUACCGCGCUUGUGCUUUGUCAUUAGCAACCUAAAAGCCUAGGUAGCACCUAAAAGUGAUUAAUAACCAUUUGGUUUGGUCUUAGCUAAAGAAUUACCCUUGAACCGUUCGGUCUUACAGCCAAUUAUUACCGACUCCAUUCGAACUAUUCGAUAAAACGGAAGUACAUAUUUUUUAAAUUAAGCUUAAAGAAAAAUGAGAGAGAUCACGUCUGUUGUAAUAGGAUAGCGUUCUUUCCACUUAUUGCUUCUAAGCCUUUAUUGGCAAUAUAAUACGGCGUCACAAAGUAAAUUCUUUGUUAUGCAUAGUCCAUUCUUAGUAUAGUGCAUAUAUAUAAUCUGUAUUUGAUCUUUCAAGUGAAAUAGAAUGACUCGCUCUUCAAAUUCAAAGCAGUUUAGGUGUUCUGUCAAUUUUUUUCAAAAUCUUUCUACCCUAUCUCCUGAUUUUUCAGCUAUAUUUGGCAUGAUUUCACAUUGAAAACAAUGUUAUUUUGCUUUGCAGAUAACGUCAAUACUUUAGAGAAACAUUAGAAGUGGCAUAUAUAAAUUACAUUUAUAAAUUGUUAAAAGCUUAUCAAAGAGUUUUGUUUUUUAAUUAACUUACAUGCAAACUGCCGUUAACAGAUAAGAUGUUCUGUACUUUGUAAACCAAAAAUCAAUGCAAAGUUUAAGGCUAUACCCCUCAAGUAUCAAAGACAUGAAUUGUUUGUAUACAAAAAAUUAUGUUUUACUUUGAGCUUUAGAUAACCGGUACAAGUGUAUGUUGUAAAUUGGAUAAUGUAGGUGCAUGUCAUGGAUUCAGGUUUUUAUUUUCCUGUCUCCACUGUGUUACUAAGAUUUUUUCCAUGUUUUAUCUAUCAUCAUCUAGCCGGAAUUCACCUUUCAACAUAAAUUUACAUACUAUUCAUUUGGGCAUACUACUUGAUAUUAUGAUAUAUUUUCAAAUAUAACUGAAAAAAUGAAAUUUAUUAACCAAAAACAAAAGGCUUCCUGUACUAAACCAAUAAUGUAUUGUGAACAUUGAUGGACCUCAUUGAAACAGAUCUACCAACAGUCACCGUGUAAACUUAAGUAUUCAACAAAAAUCCUUCAAACCAGGAGGAAACUUCCACUGACCAUGAAUUGUUUUUAAAUUUAGUCAAACUAGAUACAAGUAUAUAUCGCUGAUGUUUUGUGGCGUCUUGCACUAUCUUAAAAGUAAAGGCAUUUUUAGACCGCAGUUUUGGAAAAUAACAAAUGAUAUUCAACUCUACAAGCACUUUGCAGGUUGGAAUAUUAACGUGGCACGAAAAGGUCGUCUCGUCCUCGUAUGAAACUUCUUGACAGCGCACAUCCAUGAUCUCUCACGCGCCAUUUGGACCCAAUACCUUCGCUCUUGCUCCCGAAUGCUUAACCUCUAUACCACUGAGACAGCAUUUAACGGCGUUUACGUCUAACUUCCAGGUUUUCAAUGGCGAGGGAACAUUGAUUGGUUUAUGGUUUUCAAUGAAAUUCAAUAAUUUCCACAACUCAAGGCUGUAAAAACAUUAAUUCUGAAUAGUUUUACAAAUACAUACUUAUUAUCACAAAUCAGUGAUAUGUGAACAACUCAUAAAAAUUGUAGGGCGAUAAACAUUUAGUUCAUGACACACUCACAGUAUACUACUCACUGUGGGGCUAGCUACUAGAUUUAUGAUACUAGGUUAAAAGAAAGUUAAUUCAAUCGUUAAAAAGUCUCACAAGUUUAAUAAAAGUUCAACAUUUAAAAUAGCUAUGUAGAAUAGUUAGAAUAGGCUCAAGCAAUUUUUAUUCAGCUUUCCCUUCCAUAAGAUCACUUGCUAUGCCUAGUCUUGAAAGCUUUUGAAAGUCAAAAAGUUACUGGUCGUUUGUAUUUUUCACUUCUAUCUAUUUUGAUCACUAUGCUUCCCUGAGCCAAAUUAGUAUAAACUGAACCUGAGAUCAAAUUGCUUGAAUCCAAACACUUAAAUCCAAGUGUUCGAUCAAAAACCAGAUAUUAAUAACCAAAGUUAUAUUGACAUAAUUACAGAAUGGGGAGUAGUGAAUGAGUCAGUUUAAUAUGUAAAAUAGCCGCUUAUGUGUCGUAAUGUUUCUAUCUCUAAUCUUUGACCAGUCAUAGAUCACAUUGACUAAUCUCAAAACAGAUAUACCAAUCUUCUCUUAUCACAUACACUGGCAGACUAUUCACAAGAAAACCGGUCAAAACUAAACAGCAUCAAACAUUUGUUUCUUCCUAACUUAAAAUUUAUUCGUCAGUGUGUAUACAAAUAAUUUGAAAGAUUAUCCAGUAGGUUUUAUAUAUAGCAACAAGGAUGUACACUGUCGAGCAGAUCCUAAGCCUAAACAACGUUACAGCUGUUUGCGAUACUCUCAUAAAAGAUGUAUCAGUUUUUUCCUGAAAUCUAUCUUUAAAUAAACAAAAUAAAAGAUAUUUCAAACAGCAAGUAUAUGUAUUUAGAAAGCAGUCAAUGUAAAUAUUUUGUUUAAUCCUUUAUUCAUUUGUUUAUUUUAAAUUAUAAAAGCAACCAACAGAUGAGGAUCCUGAUGAAGGAAUUAGAGAAUUAGUUGAAAUGGCAUUUAAACGAUUGGAUAUGGAUCAUGAUGGAAGACUGAAUUACACUGAUUUUCAACAAGCUGUUGAGGAUAAUGCUUUAUUGUUAGAAAUUUUAGGACAGUGUUUUCCUAAUGAAGAGGUGACUACAGCCUUUUUAUCAACAUUUCAAGAGAUUAAAGUACCAGAAUCGAUUUGUUAUAUUAAACCAGCUAAAUCAUUUAUCAGUUCUAUUAAUGCUUAAAUGAAGAAUAAAAAAGAGAGAAAGGCAGGAAAACAAAAUGUUUCAUUGAAAUAUUCAUUUGAAUAUUGUUUUUUUUUAUUUAAUUAAUCGUAUCAUAUUUUUGGCCGUUUUCAUAAAAUUUGUCUAAUAAAUUCUAUCUUAUAGAUUU